CAUUUAGCUAUGUUACCGUCACCUCUAACACGUCUUUCAAGUUAUCAUUUCUUCUUUUUUGUUAUCUACUUAUACUUAGAAACAUCAAAAGGAGUUUCUUUGGACGAUACCAGUUGUCCUGUUGUUAAGUCAAAAGUUGCCGUUAUUACGGGAAUAAGUGGACAAGAUGGCUCUUAUUUAGCCGAAUUCCUGCUCGAUAAGGGCUACGAGAUCCAUGGCAUCAUACGACGUUCUAGUUCAUUUAAUACAGGGAGAAUAACUCAUUUGUACGAUGAUCCUAAAAUCCACCAGGAAGGAAGAAUGAAGUUACAUUAUGGUGACUUAACUGAUACUUCCUGUUUGAUGAGGCUAAUUAAUGAAAUUCAGCCAGACGAAAUCUACAAUCUUGGCGCUCAAAGUCAUGUUAAAGUAUCUUUUGAAAUCGCCGAAUACACAGCCGACGUGGACGGUAUGGGUGUACUACGUGUUUUUGAGGCGAUUAGAGCCUGUAAAUUGACUCAAAAGGUUAGAUUCUAUCAGGCUUCUUCCAGUGAGUUAUAUGGAAAAGUGAGAGAAAUACCGCAAAAUGAAGACACACCAUUCUAUCCAAGGUCUCCGUACGGAAUAGCAAAGCAAUUUGCCUUCUGGACUGUGAUCAACAACAGAGAAGCUUAUGGAAUUCACGCUUCGAAUGGUAUCCUAUUCAAUCACGAGUCACCCAGAAGAGGAGAAACGUUCGUUACGAGAAAGAUAACAAGAGCAGUGGCGAAAAUUCAUCUGGGGUUGAUGGAGUCAUUUUCGUUAGGCAAUUUGAACGCAAAGCGCGAUUGGGGACACGCAAAGGAUUAUGUUGAAGCUAUGUGGUUGAUGUUACAGAAAGAUAAUAGUGACGAUUAUGUUAUUGCGACGGGAGAAGUUCACAGUGUUAGAGAAUUUGUUGAGGCAGCUUUCAAAUUUGUUGGUAAAUCUAUUGAGUGGUCAGGUGAGGGCGCUGAUGAGGUUGGAAAAGAAAAGGGAACUGGCAUAAUAAGAGUUAACGUAAACCCGAAGUACUAUAGACCAACGGAGGUUGAAUACCUUCAAGGUGAUUCUACAAAAGCUAGGAGAGAAUUGAACUGGAAACCAAAGUUCGAUUUUGAAGGACUAGUCGAAGAUAUGAUGAAAAGUGAUCUGGAACUGAUGAGGACGAAUCCUGCCGCUUAG